GGCCUCGGUGCAUUGAUCUGUAGGCAAAUAUUUUCGACCUCCUGCCUUCUCAGUCCUUCGAGUCCGCCAAGCUGGAGCCAAAGCUACUGCUCCCAUCCAUUUCCCUUAAUUCCGGGGUACCCUAAGACCAAGACACGAUGUUCAGCAUUGGUAAAAGGCAGGAGCAGAAAAUUGGAGAAGAGAGCACGCGACAGCCUUUACUUAACGGAGAGGAUCACAGCGAUCCCAUUCUGUUCUCAGUGGACGACGAGGAUGAAGAGGAAACAAGUGUUACCCGGCAUACAGAAGAAGAGGUACCUCAAAACAGAACGAGAUCUGUCCGGUUUCAAGAGGAAGUCAGGGUUAUAGGUCCACCGUUACGAUCUACUUUGGCCAGUCGAGAAGCAGAAUUUGAACUAGACUCGGAUGAACUUGAUGAAGAUAGUCUUUCUCAGCUACAUGGUGGUUCGCUUGAGGCGAACGGAUCCCAUGGACGAGAUGGUGACCAAAGCAUGCCAUUAUUAGUGGGCCUAGUGGAUCGUUCUGCUGCUCGACAAAGUCUUGACCUGCCUUUAACGGAAAAUGGCAUUGGUUCCGCAGAGGACGGUUACACAGACCUUCAAGAACUCGCAGCCAAGCGUACCGCAGGCGGGAAUAUGGUAGACUCGGUAGCGAACAUGGCGAACUCAAUUCUCGGCGCUGGUCUCAUAGGUCUUCCUUAUGCUAUUAGCCAAGCUGGCUUCUUCACGGGACUCUUUCUGCUAGUCGUCCUUUGUGGCGUUACCGAUUGGACCAUUCGUCUCAUCGUCAUAAAUGCGAAACUCAGUGGGCGGAAUUCGUAUAUUGAGAUCAUGAACCAUUGCUUUGGCGCUAGCGGCCGAGCGGCGGUUUCCUUCUUCCAAUUUGCGUUUGCAUUCGGUGGGAUGUGUGCUUUCGGGAUCAUCAUUGGCGAUACCAUCCCUCAUGUCAUACGCUCCGCCUUUCCUAAACUCCAUGAUAUACCGGUUCUCUCCCUGUUAACGAACCGUCAAUUCGUCAUUGGCCUUUGCACGCUCUGCAUCUCAUAUCCGUUAUCUUUGUACCGCGACAUACAUAAACUGUCUCGAGCGUCGGGGCUCGCCUUAAUUGGGAUGCUGAUAAUCGUUACGUCCGUCCUCAUCGAAGGGCCUCAUGUUGAUCCCCGAUUAAAAGGUGACCCAUCCGAACGGUUCUCCUUUAUUCGUCCCGGGAUAUUCCAGGCCAUCGGCGUGAUUAGCUUCGCGUUCGUGUGCCACCAUAAUUCCUUGCUUAUUUACGGGAGCUUGAGGACACCAACCCUUGAUCGAUUCGCAACUGUGACGCAUAUAUCGACGUUGAUUUCACUAUUAGCGUGUUGCACACUGGCAAUUUCUGCGUUCCUUGUCUUUACGGAUAAGACACAAGGGAAUAUCUUGAAUAACUUUUCGCCGUCGGAUACCUUGAUCAACGUUGCGCGAUUUUGUUUCGGGCUGAAUAUGUUCACGACGCUGCCACUCGAAUUGUUUGUUUGUCGAGAAGUCGUCGAACAAUUUUUCUUCCCGCAUGAGGCGUUCAAUCCGCAACGACAUCUCCUCUUUACAACCUCCAUCAUAUUUUCCUCUAUGUUUAUCUCCCUUAUAACGUGCGACCUCGGUGUCAUGCUCGAGAUCACUGGCGGCAUCUCCGCCACCGUAUUAGCAUUCAUCUUUCCUGCUGCGUGCUACGUCAAACUCCUUCCACCUGAACUACCUCUCACAUCACGUGCGAAGCUGCCAGCUGUGGUGUGUGUAGCGUUCGGUGCGGUGGUUAUGUUGCUGAGUCUCAUAUUGGCAAUGGGAAAGGUAUGGACUGUUGAGGGUGAUGCAAAGAUUUGCGUAUAAUUUAUUUGAAAUCUUCGGAAGGACAGUCGGGAGGUGUAUUGAUCUGUUGCUAUUGAUGUUUGCUUUUUGUCUCUCCUACUUUACUCUUUCGUUGC